AUGGAAAAAAAUAUUUCAAACAGAAGUUAAAUGGUGAAAUAACCAAAUCUUAGGGAAAUGACAGGGCAUACGAAAUAAACUUUGCUACGGUUUACAUUUCCUAAUUUUAUUUAAGAAAAAUGAAUUUAAGCCGGUCCUAAAUCGUCGAAUAGAGGCUAAAACGCAUACCGUUACAACCGUUACUCACGUGAGCGACACGUUUCGAAGUGAAAUUUGCUUCCUGAUAUUUCGAUGCGAUCUCGCAUCGAUGAACUCCGUUGCCACCUUCCGUCUCCUGUUCGCGUGCUACUAGAAACAUGACGAUCCUCACGUAAGCACCGAUCGAAAAACUAACCGAACGACGAACGACUGGCCGGUCGAUUCGCGACGAACAUGAAAUUCCUGCUGUCGGUUCUGAUCGCGCACGUGUUACAGUGCGUGGCAUCGAGAUCGAACAGCGACAGUUAUCAGGAGGAUUCGUUCAGCGUCUUUGGCUGGAUCAGUUACUUGAAACGCUUAUCUCUGAUAACGUUGAUGAUUUCCGGUGUCGUUCUCUAUUACGUCCCCGAAUCGCGACCACAUGCGAGGAAAAUUUGUCGAGUACUGAUCGAUCUCACGGCGGAUGGUUUGAAAGCGGUGCUGAGCACGCGCGAGGACGAGCAAAUUUACGAGAAGAUCAAGUCCAAGUAUCAUCGUGUUAAAUACGAACAAUCUCUGGCGGCUCAAAAACGUGUCUCGAGGGAGGUUCAAGACGAUGAAGAUUUCGAGUUGAUGCAGAAGAAUCAAGGGAAAAGGGCGAAGAUGUUCGUCGAUGGCGAUGGAUUACUGAUCGGGAACAGAGAAAAGAAGAAAAUAAACAUGAAACAAUGUAAAGAGCACCGACACUCUCGUCAACGUCUGCGUGGCAGUUUCGUUAAAGACAUUUCCGGCGAAUCCUCGACGGAAGUGACGAAACCAGUCUACUUUUAUUCUGACAAACUGGAGGAUUUAUCAAAAUAUUUCAAGAAUAGUCUGUACGGUGCGAAACGACCCAGCGAGGCCUCUGUUGAAAAUUAUGCGCUUCUGAUCAGUGGCAGCCCACAACAAAUGGCAAUGUUAGAUGAAAAAUACGACAAAGAUGAUGUGGUCAUUGUACAGGAUCCUUAUGUUAAGCUAGAAUACAGGGAAUGUGGUACUUCGACUGAUAAACUGUCCUCGAUAGCGGAAGCUUCCGUCUUGGAACAGGAAGGACCUACUAGAGAUUAUAAUGACCAUCCAACAGAACCGGGAAUGGAAUCGUACGUUAAGGAUGUUGACUUAAACUCAAUACCUGAAGAAGAUUCUAGAUUUUCAGUCAAUAAAUCAAUGUAUCAGACGAGUGAGUAUCAGUGCGGUGGUGAAUGUUGUGAUAGCGGAUGUUCUGAUAUUCUUGGUUCUUCAGCUGAUACAAAGAAUGUACUAAAAUCAUCUCGAAGCAUGUUGAGCUCGAAAUUGCACAAAAAGAUAGAGGAGAACAACGAAAACUUGCAAGCCUCAAAUUACACAAAGUACAAUCACGAAGGUGGUCGUUUUAUGAAGUUAAGUAAUUUGAACAGUCGUAAAGUGGAUUUUCGAAAAGAAGAUAAAAUAGAUCAUUCUCAUCAGUGGCAAGAAAAUGGACAUCAAUACGAAAGUACAUGUAGAAACGUUCGAAGGAAGAUUUCUAGGACCAAUAAUCCAUUGAAAAGUUCCUGUUGUAACGAUGUUUCCUAUUUCACUGAUCGAAGCGGGGAAGCUGAUGAUGAAAUUUCUCAUCUUGGUGAACGAGUAACAGUGAAGCAUGAUCUUGAUGAAAAACCUCAGAGGGAAAAUUAUUUGUACAAAAGAAAUUCAGACGAUUCGAUUUUUGAUCACAUUUGCAACGAGUUUGAGACGGAGCCUAUUUUAAAAAAUCGAGUAACACCUGCCUUAAUCCGAGCGGUAAAUUGGAUUUUCGGUGGUUGCCCGGAAGCGAGGAAAGUCGGAAAGGAAGGAAGUCCUGAAACCACUGGCGAGUGGCUCCUCUAACGAAGAAUAUUAAAUCCAUCUCCGCAGACUCGAACCGUCGGCAAAAUAAUAACUCUACCAUAUCGAAACCACUUCUAGUUUAUCACAUCCUUUGAAAAUCAUUUCUAUCGAUGUCCACAAACGAUCUUAAAAAUCGUUCGCAGAUCGAGAACACGAUUUAGAAUAAAUCGGAAGCCUCGCA